GGGGAAUUUUUCGCACGCGUUUCGUGGAUCGAUGGAUGGAUGGCGAAGAAAGUUCGACUCGUUUAUCGUAUUUAGUUUGUUAGAAGCGUGUAAAGUUUCGUGAUUAAGGGUAUGGAGAUGGACGUACGAAAUUUGGAAUGUUCCGAGAAUGCGUUGAAUUGAUCGCGUUUCGACGAGUUUCGGCUUUGGGAAUGGACUCGACCGUAUCAUUGCUCCUUCUGAUCGCCUGCAUUCUGGAACUCGUGGUCGGUCAGCAAGGACCGGUGUUCGUUCUCGAGCCACCAAGCACCCUGGUCUUUUCCAAUACCACAGGCUCCCAGCUAAGCUGUUCCGCUCAUGGGAGCCCAACGCCGCACGUCACCUGGAUAACCAGUCCGGAUCAGAGAUCGGUCACCGCAGUUCCCGGGCUAAGACAGCUGCUCGGGAACGGCACCCUCUAUUUUCCGCCAUUUCUGGCGCAGGAUUUUCGAGCGGAAGUGCACAACGCUAGGUACAGGUGUCGUGCGACCAGUUCAGUAGGAACCGUGCUUUCCAGAGAAGUCACUCUUCGAGCUGUGUUGACGGUGCCCGGGUACGAUGUUAGGGUGAACAGAUCGCCAGUGUUGGAGGGAUGCAACGCGGUUUUAUCUUGCACGGCGAGGGAGGACGUGAAGGAGCAUCUGACGGUCACCUCCUGGUUCCGCGACGACGCCAUACUUCUACCCGGUAGCACGGACACAGGUGGAAGAUUCGUGGUCACGUCUCAGGGGGAUCUGCACAUCAGAGCCGCCAGACCCGACGACGGCAGAGCCACCUACUCGUGCUUAACUUUUCACGCGUUGACCGGUGAAAGGAGGAGGAGCGAGCCUGCCACGUUAACGGUCACAGAGCCAACAGGAACUAUGCCGCCACGAUUGAUGCAGAGAUCUCAGAUCGCCAUCUCAGCGGAAAGCGGGUCGGACGUUCAUCUAACUUGCUCAGCCCAGGGGAACCCAGCCCCGCAAUUUGCUUGGUAUCGCGAUGUUAACGGCCAUUCGAUACCGGUGGAGUCAUUUGGCCGAAUUCAACUGUGGGGUGAUUUGAUGCAAAUUCGCCGCGUGGAUGCUCAGGACGCAGGAAGGUACAUUUGUCGAGCCAGCAAUCAGGUCGGCGAGCAACGAGCGGAAACACACCUGUCGGUCACGUCAAAACUUAACGCGCGUAUACAACCUCGUGUUCAGAUCAUCAAUUCCGGAGAGUCGGCCACUAUGAAUUGCACGGUCGAGGGUUAUCCGGUCGAGAGCGUCGAGUGGUUGCACGACGGUGUGCCCGUAUUGACCGCGCAGGACACGAGGAUCAGAUUGCUGGCUCCUCUGGUGCUCGUGAUAGGCUCGGUCGGCCGAAAGGACAAGGGGAUGUAUCAGUGUCUGGUCAGGAGCGACAAGGAGAACGCACAGGCCACCGCGGAAUUGAAACUUGGAGACACGGUACCAGAGUUACAAUACACGUUCAUCGAGCAAGCAUUGCGACCAGGUCCUCCAGUAUCCUUGAGAUGUUCAGCGACCGGAUCCCCUCCUCCGUCGUUUACUUGGCUCCUGGACGGAGAGCCUCUGAGCGAGAUCGCCUCCGGACAUAGGUACGCGAUAGGACAGUACGUCGAUCAGUCCGGAGACGUGAUCAGUCAUUUGAACAUAUCGUCGGCUGGGGCUGAAGAUGGCGGCCUCUACGCUUGUGUCGCUGCCAAUACCCUGGCAACGGUUGAGCACAAAGCUAGAUUGAACAUUUAUGGCCCGCCAUACAUCCGAUCGAUAGGACCAGUUCGUGCGAUAGCCGGUGUCGAUACCACCAUCGCUUGUCCUUAUUCCGGCUAUCCUAUCACGUCAGUCGAGUGGUCUCGUGGAGGAGUCGCGCUUCCUCUCGACAUAAGACACCGAGUUGACAGUGAGGGCCAUCUUACCAUCGCCAAUGUGGAUCCAAACGAUGCCGGCACUUAUACUUGUAUGGUUCGUGCGAGAUCCGGUGAAACGGCGAGCAGAGACAUCCGGUUGACUGUCAGCAGUCCACCGGUUAUGAGCCCCUUCAAUUUCCCUUCAAACCUCCAAGAAGGCAGUCGUGCUCAAGUCACUUGCACCGUCACUUCCGGUGAUCUCCCAAUCUAUUUCUCCUGGUUGAAGGAUGGCGAGCCGUUACCUUCCUCAUUACGUAUCGAGGAGAGGGUGGCCGAAUUCUUCAGCCUGCUCGUCUUCAAGGAACUCUCCUCCCGGCACAGUGGCAAGUAUACUUGCGUGGCGACCAACAGCGCGGCCAAAGUGAAUCACACGGCCGAACUUUUGGUGAAAGUGCCUCCACAAUGGAUCUUCGAGCCGCAAGACGUGGCUACCCUCCUGGGAAAUCCAUUGAACGUCCACUGCGAGGCGAAAGGAUUUCCUCCGCCGCGUGUCACCUGGUUGCGUGCCAGGGAAAGAACCUCGAACGAUUAUCAACCUUUGAUCGAUGGUACCGAUGGAAGAUUAACCAUUCUUCCAAAUGGAUCUCUGUGGACAGCUUCGGCUGGGCCCCAAGAUGAAGGGCAUUAUCUUUGUCGAGCGAAUAAUGGCAUUGGAUCUGGUCUGAGUAAAGUGAUCUACGUAUCCGUUCAUGAACCGGCAAGAUUCGAAUUUCAGAGCAAGAACGUCACUAUUCGUCGUGGCGAAUCCGUGACCUUGGAUUGUACAGUAAUCGGUGAUAACCCUAUUGAAGUGCAAUGGAUGCACAACAGUGAUCGUUUAGACACGAAUAAUCACCGGCUGAGCAUUAGUCAGAUAAAAACGGAUAACGGUCUCAAGUCCCAAUUAUCCAUAGGAAGCAGUGAUCGUCAAGAUUCUGGCGUUUACAGAUGCACAGCGGAUAAUGCCUAUGGCAGAAGCGAACAUCUGAUUUAUCUUGCUGUCCAAGAGAGGCCGGAUCCACCAGCCUCGCUAGAAGUCAUAGAAAUCGGAUCACGGUCGAUACGAUUACUGUGGAAAAGAGCUUUCGACGGAAAUAGUCCAAUACGGAAUUACGUUAUUCAAUAUCGAUCUCUGAAUCACGGUUUGGCGGAUGACUGGAAUCCCGCAAAAACGCAUAACGUUACUUACACGCCUGGACAUUCGAAUAAUGGCAACACCAUACAUCCAACACAAAAUGGUUUAUCUCCUUUUGAAACUACCAGCGACGACCAGGAAGUAGCUUUAGUAGGUGGACUUCAUCCAGCAGUAACUUACACAUUUCGUAUAUUUGCCAUAAAUUCGAUAGACGUGAGUGUACCCACUGAUCCUGUAGUCGCCAAAACUCAAGAAGAAGCACCUACUGAACCACCCCAAAAUAUCAAAGUACAAUCAGCAGGACCUGGGGAGCUUAUGGUUAGCUGGCAGCCACCUCCAAAAGAAUCCUGUAACGGAGAUCUAUUGGGCUACAUAGUGACAUGGUCAGAGCAUUCAUCUUCGACGUCAGGUGUGAAUCAAAGUAAAAGUUUAACUGUGAACGGAUGGGCGACUACAAAGGUGCAACUCACCGGCUUGAGAAAGUUCACUAAGUACGAUAUAUCGAUCAGAGCUUUCAAUAGCAUAGCCAGCGGCCCAGCUAGCGUUCCCAUUGUUGGAACAACUCAGGAAGGAGUGCCAGAAACUCCACCGACACAAGUAUCAUGUAUUCCUUUAUCUUCGCAAAGUGUAAAAGUUUCUUGGAGCGCUCCUCCACCUCAUCAACAUGGUGGAAUUAUUCAGGGUUACAAAGUAUAUUACAGACCUGUACCUACUGACAAUAUGGACAUAUCAACUGUACGUGAAGUAAAAAAAACUUCCAGUGUAGAAACGUAUCUACACACGCUGUAUAAAUAUACGAAUUAUUCUAUAAGAGUAUUGGCUUACACGGGUGCUGGUGAUGGAGUUUUGAGUCCUCCAAUUUUUUGUACUACAGAAGAGGAUGUUCCAGGUCCUCCAGCUGGUAUUAAAGCUCUAGCAUUAACUGCAGAGAGUAUAUUAGUUUCGUGGUUACCGCCCUUGCAACCAAAUGGGAACGUUUCCAAAUACACAGUUUAUAGUAGAGAGGCAGGUUCUAAUAAUCAUAACACACACACCAUGCAUGAACCACCAUCAUCUCCUACUGACACUCUUACUAUGGAAUUGCGAGGUUUAGUUGAAAGUCAAUUGUACGAGUUUUGGGUGUCAGCAACGACAGGACUGGGUGAAGGAGAACCGACUACUAUUGUUACUCAAACUACGAAUACUAGAGCUCCAGCUAGAGUGGCAUCUUUUUCGCAAUUAUUAAGAAGGGCGAUUAAAUCAUCGAUCACAUUAUCCUGUUUGGUUGUGGGUAAUCCUACACCUCGUCCAAUAUGGACGUAUCGAAAUAGCCAAAUCUCUACUGGAAGGCAUUACGAAUUGACUGCAGAUGGUCACCUCAAUAUUCGCGGAUUAGAACAAUCAGUCGCAGGAAAUUAUACAUGUUCAGCGAGCAAUUUAUUCGGUGACGAUUCCAUUACUUACACGUUAGUUGUAGUGAUGCCUCCUAGAGCACCAAUUUUAGAAUUACAAUAUACGACAACGAAUAGUAUAAGAUUUAGGUGGAAUCAUCCCAAUAAUGGAGGUGCCACUAUUCAAGGUUACGUAUUAAGUUAUAAAAGGGACCAAGGUGGCUGGGAAGAGAUCGCAUUAUCACCCGAACAGACUGAAUUUAUUUUAUCAGGUUUAAAAUGCGGUUCCUCCUACUUGGCACAUUUAACAGCACACAAUCGUGUAGGUACUGGCGAUCCAAGUUCUCUAAUCAGUGCUACAACGAAAGGAACAGCGCCUUUAUUGCCAAAAGAACGAGAUAUUAUCUCCGCCAAUGGUACUUCCGUAAAAUUGAAUCUUCUGUCCUGGCCAAAUGGUGGUUGCUCCAUCCAAUAUUAUACUAUAGAAUACCGUAGACGCAUUAACAAUGAACCAUGGAUUUUAGUGGCAAGUCGUGCCACGGAGAAUUUAAUCAUAAGAGAUUUAAAGACUGCCUCGUGGUACAGUUUACGUUUGACAGCGCACAACGAUGCUGGAUCCACGCAAACGCAAAUGGAAUUCGCAACAACCACUCUCAGUGGUGUUAGCAUCGGUCCUCCGAACGAUUUGAUUAUGGAAGAUGAUGUUAAGAAAACUAUACCGAAUCAUAAAGUGCUUUAUGUAGUCGUACCUCUCGUCUGUGCUAUUGUUCUGAUUAUUUCGGCCGCUAUUUUGGGAUACGUGAUGUUAAAACGUAGUGGAAGAGCUAAUUAUUUAGGAGAAAUACUUCCUGGACAACAACAGAAUCAACAGUCUGGAUUAGGAUUGGUCCAGCAACAGCAGCAACAUCAACAACACCAUCAUCUUUCAAGUUGCAUGUCCACUAUGCAAUUAAAAUCCACUGCUGAACGUGAUAACAGGAGGAAUCAUCAGGUUUAUACCAGUUCUCCGGUAAAGCAAGAGAAUCAUAAAUCGAACGACCAUGGUUCAGAAAUGUAUGAAAUAAGCCCAUACGCCACGUUUAGCGUGCCAGGAAGAGAAAAUCGUUCGGUGACCACUGCCACACUCGAUUACACCAUGCAAUUCAAAACGUUUGGACAUUUAGAGAACGAAGACAUCAACACGAUCGAUUACGAGAGAUCCAGUGUGGAUUUCGAGAGGUCUAAAACACCAAGGUGGCACAAACAACGAUACUUCCCAAGCAUCGCAGAAGCUGAAAGUAAGCUACGCUCGAGUCGCCAAGGUUCCGGAAGCGAUACAUCCGGAAGCCCUUGCGGAGAGUGCGCUGGGCCUAGUUAUAGGGUACCAGUGAAGCCUUGCAGAGAUGUAUUUUCACGAGGCGUAGAAUCGAGUACAGAAUCGAACAACGAAGGUUCACCUUCACUUGCGAGACGACGAAGCCGACAACCGAGCCGGUCUACUCGCAGUUCGGUGGAAGACAUGACAUUAUUGCCGCCAAGCGGGUUUAGUGACAGCCGCGAAUUGAGCGAUGUAGAAUGCGAUCGUGAUCGUGAUCGUGGGGAACGUGAUCGUGAUCGUGAUCGUGAUUGGCAAGGUCUGUCAUCCGGGACCCGCCACGGCGGCAGCUUGGGUAGACUGCCUAUCGAGGCCGUCGAAUCUAUGCUCGCUAGGUAUCGGCACGAACCUCCGUAGACCGUAGUAUCAACAAAGAAAGGAACAAGAAAGGCAAGAGUUCACUAUACACGUAUGAUCGAGAUUUAGUAAUAGAUCUCUAGCAGAAAUCUUCACGAAAGCAUAUAAAGAUAAGUUAUAAAAAAUUCUCUGAAAAAUUGUUAACUAUUCAAAAAUCUUGCAGAAUGUCAAUGGAAAAUCGUAAUUUAAAAAAUCGUAUGUUCGCGAGUGACACACAUCUGCUAAUAAUAAAUAUAAACUCUUGUCAAAGUCAAAUUAAUUAGGAAUUUUUGUCGUAAAAAGAGUCUUUGCUCAUAUAUAGAAUACUGAGAAAAGCGUUUAGCAAGUUUGAAACAAUGUCCAUUUUACUUAAAGAAAAUUAAUAUUAGCAAAUCGUAAUAUAUCUCAUGGUUUUCUGUCAACAAAAUGUUACUAGACUAAACGUUUCUUCAUAUCUAAACAUUUUUCUCAGUGCGCUAUUAAAUUAUCGACAAAUCGUCUUAUCGAUUGAUUUAUUAAUUAUCAUUGCAUCGAAUACUGCCAUUGCGUUAUUCGCAAAUUUAUUGGUCGACCAAACACAGGAAAACAACAGGAACAAGUUACGUGAAAGUAUUGACAGAGGUUCUUUAGAGAGCUAUGUUAGAAUCUCAUCUUCUGAAAUUUAGUCAUACUUGAGAGUCACAGACAUAAAGUAUUUCUGAGAAGAUUCUGCAACAGUGAUUAAUAGAAAGAAAAAGAUUCAUCGACAGAGUAUUAGGAAACAAGUCAAUUUAGACACGGAAUGAAGAAUUACACAUGUGUAUAAUCGUCUAACUACUGUAUAGUAUAGAUUGUAUUAUUAGUCACAAUGUUACCAUGGAUUGUAUAGUUGAAAAGAUACGACGAAAGUUAAGUAUGGAGAAUCGUUUAUCAUCCUUGAGAAAUAUCGUUUAAAUAUCUAUUAUAUAGUUGUUUUUUUGCUAUUAAAAAAAUAUUGGCAUUAUUUAAAUGAAGAAUAUUUAAAAAAAUCAUUG